AUGUAUACUUCACAGUUCUCAGUAUCGAUCGACAAAAGUCUUAUUCCAGGAACGGCAGAGUUUACUUCUGCUCUGAUAGCCGCUCAUGUAAGCGGAGAUUUGGAAGAGGGUCGCUCUAUUCUAUUUUCGGGAUUCUCAUCGUCAUUUGUUCUGGGGCUAGCAUUUUCAAGAAGGACUCAAAGUGAUCAUGAUUAUAAGACGAUAAUCGAUAGCGAAUCUUUUAAUAACUUUUACUUUCAACUCACUGAGAUGAAGUGCUCGUUUUUUACUCAAACACUGAUGGCCUCUCUUGACCAUUUGGUCAGACGGCCUGGUGUGCUAAAUAUGGAACAGGAAGCGAGCCCAGUGAGGUGGAUUUUGGUGGCCCUUCUGACCCCUUUUCUCUCCAGGAAGAGAUUGUCGAUGGAGGGCACUUUUCACCACUCACUUGCAAGACGCCUCUUUUCGCUUUUAAGACAGGCCUGCUGGAAAAGAAAAAAAGACUUUCAACAUAAAAUCGAGCUGCAUGCAAAAUCACUAAAAGAAAUUCCUAAAGGGAAGGCACAUUCGGAAGAAAAAGCCCUCAAAUCAACGGCUUCCUCCACGUCUAUAUUGAAUAAAAUUCUCGACGCGCUUCCAUUGCCACUUUUAAGGCGACUAGCGGAGCUUGCAAAUUGGACCCUCAAUGUGCGAAUUGGAAGGAUCUCUAGUGCUAAUUGCAGCUCUGCAAAGGCAAAGGCCAAAAUAAUUGCUGGCGAUUGGGUGAUCCUUGCAGGCGCUUAUAUGCUGCAAAUGAUUUCAGAGUCUAAUGGACGGGUUUAUCGAAUGGAGCCCUCAGAACUUUAUAGUAUGGCCAUCGACUUGAUUCCGAUUGAGGUUAUUUUGGCGGACUGGCACCAGACUACCUGCUCAGUGUCUUUGAAAAAUUUAUUAGCUUCACGGGGCCAGCUCCGCUUAUUUGGAGAAAAAAAGAUGCUUCUUGCCAACCACCCAGGAAUUAUCUCAUUGGGAAUCAAGUCUAGGCUACUGGAGUCUGAGCUUUUCCCAAAUGGAUAUGCUUCAGGAUACCCUAUUCCUCUUGUGGUAAGGAUUCCUCGAUCACCGCUGAGAGAGAUGCUCCAUGCGUCCAUUAUCCAAUUACUCAAUGCAAGCCCCCCACAGCUUCGUGGGAGGAUCAAGGUAGAGUUUCAAGGUGAGCCUGGAAUCGAUGCUGGGGGCUUGCUUCGUGAAUGGCUGCAGCUUCUUAUACAUGCACUGAUGGAUCCUACCCUUGGUCUUUUUCAGGCAGAUAUUUGUGGAUUUGAACUGAACGCACCCUGUGUCUGGUUCCACAGUGGUGAAAAUUGCAGUCAAGGGGUAUUUGAACUGGUGCAUCUACUUGGGACAAUCCUAGGGCUCUCCUUGAACAAUGGAAUUGUACUUGACCAUAGACUUCCAUUUGCACUCUUCAAAAAAUUGCUUUCCCCGGACACAAAUCCACCGGCAUGCGUUUCAGCACACGGGGAAUCUAUGUCCUCUAUCACGUUGGAUGAUCUCUGGGAAAUUGCGCCUACCCUUGCCCGCGGCCUUGGCCAGCUGUUGGAUUAUCACGGGGAAGCAGAGGUUGAAGAUGUUUUUCAGCUUCAAUUCACUGCUGGAUUUUCCAAACCAGGCCCAGAAAAGAGAGAAAUUAUCGAUCUUACCAAUCGUGGAUCCGAAAUCGCUGUUACGGGGGAGAAUCGCGAAAUUUUCAUCUCACUUUAUCUUGAACAUAUCUUCCAUCAUCGUCCAGGAAACCACUGGACAAAGUUUCGAGACUCGUUCUACUCUACACUCAGCGGUUCGACAAUUGCGCUGCUUUCGCCGCAAGAGUUAAAGCAGCUACUUUCUGGGGAUCCUGCAGAGAUCAGUAUCGAUCUUUUACGCUCCGUUGCACUCUAUGAGGGAUACUUGUCGGCCGAGCAUCCAGUUUCUCUCUGGUUUUGGGAUAUUCUCACCUCAUACUCUGCUGAAAUGCGACGCAAGUUCCUCAUCUUUGUAACGGGUGUUGGACGUCUCCCUGCUGCCCUGGCUGCCGCUGGUGCUGCUGGCCAUUCCGGCAUGCCAAAUCAACAGGGCCCUUGGGUUAUUCGUCUCUGGGGAAGAGAUGCAAGUUGGAAGAAUCUCAGUGGAGGCGAAUACCGCCCGCUUGGGCGGACAUGCUUCAACCAGCUCUGCUUGCACAAGGGAUAUCCAGAUAUGGAGACUCUUCGACGUUUGCUCACAAACGCCAUUGUCGAGUCCGAAGGUUUUGGUAUCGAGUAG